GGAUAUUGAAGGAAAAGAAAACAAAAUAAAGGAAGAGCAGAAUCCAGAGCAUGAGAGAAGGGGAAGAAGAUAAAAAGGGUAGCAGCAGCAGCAGCAGGAUUAGGGUUUUGGCAUCUCAUCUCGCUUCUCAUCCUUCAAUGGCUUCCGAGAAGGAAGCAGCUCUUGCUGCCGUUCCAUCCGAUUCUCCUACCAUAUUUGACAAAAUUAUUAAGAAAGAGAUCCCAAGCAAUGUGGUUUAUGAAGAUGAUAAGGCUCUUGCAUUCAGGGAUAUAAAUCCCCAAGCUCCCACACAUAUCUUAAUCAUCCCGAAAGUGAAGGAUGGAUUAACUGGACUCUCUAAGGCAGAGGAGAGGCACUGUGAGAUUCUGGGCUACCUCUUGUACACUGCCAAGAUUGUUGCUAAACAGGAGGGGCUCGAAGAAGGCUUUCGGAUUGUCAUCAAUGAUGGACCCAACGGGUGCCAAUCUGUGUAUCAUCUUCACAUCCAUCUUCUUGGUGGGCGGCAAAUGAACUGGCCCCCUGGCUAAUGGGACAGGGUACGAUGAUCGGUCUGACUAAGAUCCAUGCAUCUGUCCUCCCCUCUGCUCGGAUACUGUUGAACAGUAAUAAAAUAGUAUGCUACUCUACUUUUGUUUGGCAUGUUGGAACAUCUGCAAAACCUUCAAUACUAUGAACAUUUUAUGGUU